GGGGCGGCCCUGGGCGAUCGCUGGACUCGCAGACCCGCCUCGGUAGAGCACGAUCUCUCCCCCUAGCCCCGCUCCGCUCAACCCACCCACUUACUUCCUUCGACUGCACACACACACACACACACACACACACACACACACACACACACACACUCAGAGCUGCCAAAAAUUUCCAACCUCCGCCCCCCUCCCGAGCUGACUUCCUUCCAGCGCUUCCUGAGCUGGACGAUCCUGGGAUUUGUAAGACAGGAAAAAAAAAAAGGGACGGCGCGAGGGCGGGCGACGGGACGGGAUGCUGGCUGUUCGGGGUCCCCCAGCGGUCUGAAGGCUGAGCAAGAGUGCGGGCCUAAGGGCGGAGCACACUCACAGCCCCGGGGCGGUCCCCUCGCCGCCGCGCCCCGGCCCCUGCUCCUCGCAAGGCUCAGCGGAGAAGCGCGGGGAAAACGCCGCCGCGGGAGCCAGAGUAGGGAGGUGACACCCGCCCGGGGCGGUGCACGGCCGGAUCUGCGCGCCCAUGCCGACCCGCGGCGCCGCUCUGCCCCGGUGACCCGACCCCGAAACCCUCGUCAGCGGUGCGGAGCAGAGAGCGGAGACGGAGGGGCAGCCUCUGUGGGACUAACUCAUGAAGAACAAGGGUGCCAAGCAGAAGCUGAAACGAAAGGGAGCCGCCAGUGCGUUUGGAUGUGACCUGACGGAGUAUCUGGAAAGCUCGGGACAGGAUGUUCCAUAUGUGCUGAAGAGCUGUGCCGAGUUCAUAGAGACUCACGGCAUUGUCGAUGGCAUCUAUCGUCUCUCAGGCAUCACCUCAAACAUCCAGCGGCUAAGGCAAGAGUUUGGCUCAGAUCAAUGUCCAGAUCUGACAAGGGAAGUGUACCUCCAAGACAUCCACUGUGUGGGCUCCCUGUGCAAGCUCUACUUCAGGGAGCUGCCCAACCCCCUCCUGACCUACGAGCUCUAUGAGAAGUUCACGGAAGCAGUGUCUCAUUGCCCGGAAGAAGGACAGCUAGCCCGAAUCCAGAAUGUUAUCCAGGAGCUGCCCCCACCCCAUUAUAGGACCUUGGAAUACCUGAUUCGACACCUGGCCCACAUCGCCUCAUUCAGCAGCAAGACCAACAUGCAUGCCAGGAACCUGGCCCUGGUGUGGGCCCCAAACCUCCUCAGGUGUAAAAAGAUCGAAGCCACUAUUUGCAACGGAGACGCAGCCUUUCUGGCAGUCCGGGUCCAGCAGGUGGUGAUUGAGUUCAUACUGAAUCACGCCGAUCAAAUCUUCAACAGUGGUGCUCCAGGGCCUCUGCAGCAGGAUGAGAGCCGUAUCAUCACAAAGAGCCUGACCUUGCCAGCCCUGUCCCUGCCCAUGAAGUUGGUAAGCCUGGAGGAGGCUCAGGCCCGGAGCCUGGCGACAAACCACCCUGCUCGAAAGGAGAGACGAGAAAACAGCCUGCCUGAGAUUGUCCCUCCCAUGGGCACCCUCUUCCACACAGUCCUUGAGUUACCAGACAACAAGAGAAAGCUUUCCAGUAAAUCAAAGAAGUGGAAAUCAAUAUUUAACCUGGGGCGGUCUGGAUCGGACUCGAAAUCCAAGCUGAGCAGAAAUGGGAGUGUGUUCGUGAGAGGGCAGAGGCUUUCGGUGGAAAAGGCUACUAUCCGACCAGCUAAAAGCAUGGACUCACUGUGUUCAGUGCCUGUGGAAGGCAAAGAAAACAAAGGGAAUUUCAAUCGAACAGUCACCACUGGUGGAUUUUUCAUUCCAGCCACAAAAAUGCACACGGGCAGCGCCGGCAGCUCCUGUGACCUCAGCAAGGAGAGUGAAUGGGGUCAGGAGGGGAUGCCGGCUGGGGCCGAGGGGGGCUGUGAGGUGGGCGGUCAGAUCCGGCCCCUGCCUGAGCAGCUGAAGGUGUUCCGACCCAUCGGAGACCCUGAGAGCGAGCAGUCCGCCCCGAAGCUCCUGGGGAUGUUCUACACCUCCAACGACAGUCCCGGCAAAUCCGUGUUCACCAGCAGCCUGUUCCAGAUGGAGCCCUCACCGCGCCACCAGCGAAAGGCGCUCAACAUCUCCGAGCCCUUCGCGGUUUCCGUGCCCCUCCGCGUGUCUGCGGUCAUCAGCACCAACAGCACCCCGUGCAGAACGCCCCCCAAAGAGCUGCAGUCUCUCUCCAGCCUAGAAGAGUUUUCUUUCCAAGGUUCAGAAAGCGGAGGGUGGCCAGAAGAGGAGAAGCCUCCGGGAGCUGAGUCUUUUCCAGCCUCAGUCGCUAAGAAGGCAGCUCCUGAGGACACCGUGCCAGAACCCGAAGCCCUGGGGCCAGCAGAAUGUAGCCAAGGCCCUUCCCUGGUCCCGGGUACCCAAGCGGAGAAGAAAUCCUUGGAAAUAUCCCUGGGCUCUCAACUUUCAAGGGAAUCCGAGAAGAGGCCAAAUGCAGAGGAGGUGGUGGAGGACAGCCAGGGGGCUGGCCAGCUGAAGACAACCGCUCCACAAGAGAGCCUCAGGGCCAGGACCGAAGCGAUGCUUCUCCAUGAGAUGGAUGAAGAUGACCUAGCUCACGCCCUGAUCUGGCCGGAGAUUCAACAGGAACUGAAAAUCAUUGAAUCGGAGGAGGAGCUCUCGACAUUGCCACCCCCUGCCCAGAAGACAAGCCCAAAGACUGAGUCAGGUCCAGCCCCAUUUCCCCUCCCAGAGGCGUCUGGGAGCUUGCCCUGUGGCUCUACAUCUCUGGAAGUAUGGACUAGGGACUCAGCCAAUCAGAGCACACAGGAGGCUGCCAUCCUCAGCAAUAGAGAGAAGCUGGAGCCAGUCUGCAGCCUCCCUGGGUCAAAGCCCGAGCCGGGGUUCAGCCCAGACCCAGCCAGUCUAGCGCCUCUGCAAAUACUUCUGUUUGAGAAGGUGUCUUCUCCAGCUCGGAUAGAGCUAGGAGGCCCGAGAAAUCUCUCUCCUCCACUUCCUCCUGCUCCUCCCCCUCCAACCCCUCUGGAGGAGGAGCCUCGGGUCUUGGUGUCGAAGGAAGGUUCUGAAAGAGAAGAUGCAUCUGGGGAUUCCAGGACAGAUCCCUACACAGAGCAGCCCAAACCCAAAGACAACCCUGGCAUCCCUAGCCUCUGUCAGAGAGAGGAGACCAUCGCAAGCCCCAACGAGAAGCAAAAUGCAAAGCAUGCUGUCCCUGAGAGCAAAGGCCCUGGUCUUCCAAGCCCUACAAAGGAGGUGGAAGUCGCCCCACAAGAAGAGGGGGACGCCCCCCACGCAGCCCAAGAGCCUUCGGACUGUGACGAAGAUGACACUGUGACAGACGCUGCUCAGCAUGGCCUGGAGAUGGUAGAGCCGUGGGAGGAGCCCCAGUGGGUGACCAGCCCUCUUCAUUCCCCCACCCUGAAAGAAGUGCAGGAGUCCCAGAUGCAGUGCCCCCAGGGCCACCGAUUGGAGAGGAGGCUUUGCCACAGGCCCAGCCUUCGCCAGAGCCAUUCUCUAGACAGCAAAACCACUGGUCAGAGCCACUGGACCCUCGAGGUUCCCUUCUCCAGCAGUUGUGCUAAUCUUGAAACAGAGAAGAAUUACGAGCCUGUGCAGCCCCCGGCAGCCAGGAACAAGACUGCUGGGUGGGAGGAAAAAGCCCUGAAAGCCUUCAGGGAGUUCUCUGGCCUGAAAGGGUUAGAGGUUCUUCCCAGCCAGAAGGGACCAUCUGGUAUACCGCCCAAACCAGGUGACGCCAACUUCAUCAGUCCGACCGAGGGAAAGGAGCAGGGACCGCAGCUGGGACUCAGCAACUCUCAGAUGAAACACAGUGAUGUCCCUGAGCCAGAGCGCAGCAUGGAGAGUUCACCUAGAGCUCAAGACAGCACCGCACCUGGGGAGCACCCCCUAAAGUCACAGCUCAAGAGCACUGAGUGUGGGCCCUCAAAGGGGAAACACAGGCCUUCUUCCCUCAACUUGGACUCGGCCACUCCCAUCACUGACCUCUUCCGGCUUGAGAAUGGAGCUUCGUUUAGUUCACCCGGAAUAGAGCUCUCUGAACUAGGAGACACCAAGGUCACCUGGAUGACCUCCUCUCACGGUAAAGCGGCCCCCUGGAACUCCCAGGACAUCCAGGACCUGGACAUUGUUGCCCAUGCUCUGACAGGCCGCCGGAAUUCGGCUCCCGUGAGCGUGUCAGCUGUGAGAACCUCCUUCAUGGUCAAAAUGUGUCAGGCCAAGGCUGUCCCUGUCAUCCCGCCCAAGAUUCAGUACACACAGAUCCCACAGCCCCUGCCCUCUCAGAGCGCAGGAGAAGGUGGGGCUCAGACUCCAGAGAGGAAGCGGGAAGAACCUGGUCCAGCCACCGAGACCCCUCAGAAACCCACCAAAGAUGAUUCUCCCUCCUCCCUGGAAAGCCCAGAGGAAGAGCAACCAAAGCAAGAGGCCGGAGCCUUUGCAUCGCAGAGGAAGGGUAGCACCACACCCUGCAUGUCUGAGGGGCCCUUCUGCUCUCCAGAACCAGGGGUAUCCAGUCUGCUCUCCCCACAGGAUGCAACGGGGCAAUGCAGAAAACGCACAUCAGAGACAGAGCCGUCAGGAGACAACGUCCUUUCUUCAAAACUGGAGCGAGCGUCUGGGGGUCCUAAGCCUUUCCACAGGUCAAGGCCAGGAAGACCUCAGAGCCUAAUCUUAUUCCCCAUCAUGGACCACCUGCCCUCCUCAUCCACCAUGAUAGAUUCCAAGGUUCUGCUGUCCCCUAUCAGAAGCCCCACUCAGACAGUGUCCCCUGGCCUUCUCUGUGGGGAACUGGCAGAAAACACGUGGGUCACACCAGAAGGGGUUACACUUAGGAAUAAAAUGACCAUCCCUAAGAAUGGCCAAAGACUAGAGACUUCAACCAGCUGUUUUUACCAGCCCCAGCGGAGAUCUGUGAUUCUGGAUGGAAGAAGUGGGAGGCAAAUAGAGUGAGGCUGGUGGACCUGCUGGUGUCUGCAGAAACGGCGGGUUCAUCUGGAAGUUACUACAGGACCAACUGGCCAUCUGCCAGCCACAGGUUAUCUAAAUCGGGGCUUAUUUUGGCCUCUGACUAAGCCCCUCUCUCCCACUUCCCCCACCUCUGUCUUUGACCAUACAUGAGUCCAUUUGCCAGAAGAGUGGUCAAGACAGGGACCAAAAAGUGAGAUUUAAGUAAGUCCACAGAAGCAAGUUGGGAAGGUAGGCAGGGGAAGAGGAUGGAAUGCUUGCCUCGGAUAGCAACCGGGGCUCGUCUGUGAGUCACAUUAUUCCUCCAUUGCCAUUAUCUAUUGCUGUCAAGAGCUGGCUGUGUUAGUAUUCCUUGAGAGAAAGAAAAAUCCUUUACCUGAGUCAGAAAAAUCUUCCUGUUACGAUUGAAGGUGUCAUUGUGCUUUUUUAUGCUCUUUAAAGUAUGUGUUCUUUUAGACCAGUUUUCUAAUAAGCUCUGUAAAAGUGUAUUGCCCCCAGAUAGAAGCAGAUCUGAAAAUGCAAACUAACGUGCACUUAAGAUAUCCAGGUCGGGGGACUUCCUUGUGCUCUCUCCCUGGAGUGGCUGCAAACCUGUCCGAGGUGAUCCAUGAAGUCAGGAUUGGUACCACCCACGAACGCUUCCUGGUGCUGGCUUUAUUGUGACUCCACCUGCCACUGUGCUGAACUCGGAUUACCAAAUCCAGCAGCUUGGCAGACUGAGGACAGUGCCAGGACUGGGGAGUCAUAUAGGUGUGCAGGAGUGACGUGUCUGCUUUCUUGACAGUACCUGAAUCCAACUGCCACAUGUCACAGGAAAAGCCUCACAGCAAGGCACAACUUC